UCUUUUAAUAAGACACUCUUCCCUCUUCGAAACAAACUCUGAUAUAUAAAGGGAGAGGGAGUUCCGCAUCAGAGCCGUCUUUUAAUUUUCCUCUUCAUACAAGUUAUUAACACAAACAAUAACAAUGGCAGCAGCUUCCAAUGGAAGCGAGUUUUUUGAGUUGGACAUUGAUCCAGUGAGAGAGUCGUUUUCAAGGCCAUCGAAUGCCGAGGCGUUGGAGGAGGACGAAGAUGAACUCGUUUGGGAGGCGAUUUCGAGGCUACCGUCAAAUAAGAGAGGGAAUUUUGCCGUGAUGAGGAAGUCUCCUUCUGAGUACGAUCGAAGUGGAGGAUAUGGUGAGAGAGAAGAGAUGAUUGACGUCAGGAGGCUUGAUCGUCAUAAGCGAGAACUUGUUGUUAAAAAAGCUUUGGCUACUAAUGCUCAAGAUAAUUACAAGUUGCUUUCUGCGAUCAAAGAGAGGCUUGAUAGGGUUGGAAUCGAAGUGCCAAAAGUCGAAGUAAGAUUUGAGAACUUAAAUAUAAGUGCCAAGGUGCAAACUGGGUCAAGAGCUUUGCCUACUUUGAUUAAUGUUGCACGAGAUUUGGGCGAGGGUUUACUAACAAAACUGGGGUUAUUUCGAGCAAAGCGUUUUCCCUUAACAAUCUUGAAUGAUAUCAGUGGUGUUGUAAAACCUGGAAGGAUGACUCUGCUCUUAGGACCACCAGGCUCCGGCAAAUCGACCUUGCUUUUAGCUCUCGCAGGGAAACUUGCCAAGAACCUAAAAAAAUCCGGUAAUAUUACGUACAAUGGACAGAAGUUUGAUGAUUUUUAUGUCCAAAGGACCUCUGCAUAUAUCAGCCAAACAGAUAAUCACAUUGCAGAGCUUACUGUGCGAGAAACAUUAGAUUUUGCUGCUUGUUGGCAAGGAGCAAGUGAAGGCUUUGGAGGCUACAUGGAAGAUCUAGUUCGCUUGGAGAAGGAAAGAAAUGUGCGACCGAAUCCAGAGGUUGAUGCUUUUAUGAAGGCAUCUUCAGUUGGAGGUAAAAAGCACAGUAUUUCAACAGACUAUGUCUUAAAAGUUCUUGGUCUUGAUGUAUGUUCAGAGACAGUAGUCGGAAAUGACAUGUUAAGAGGUGUCUCAGGUGGUCAAAGGAAACGGGUUACCACUGGAGAAAUGAUUGUUGGGCCAAGAAAAACCUUAUUUAUGGAUGAAAUAUCCACUGGACUCGAUAGCUCCACAACAUACCAAAUUGUGAAAUGUAUAGGAAAUUUUGUUCAUCUAAUGGAAGCUACUGUAUUAAUGGCCCUUCUUCAGCCUGCUCCCGAGACCUUUGAUCUGUUUGAUGAUUUGGUGCUAUUAUCAGAAGGUUAUGUGGUGUAUCAAGGCCCUCGAGCAGAAGUUUUAGAGUUCUUUGAGUCAUUAGGAUUUAAAUUGCCACCACGGAAAGGGGUUGCAGAUUUUCUUCAAGAGGUGACCUCUAAAAAGGAUCAAGCUCAAUACUGGGCUGAUCAGUCAAAACCAUAUUUGUUCCUUCCCACCUCAGAAAUUGCAAAAGCAUUUAAAAAUUCCAAGUACGGAAAAUAUGUCGACUCCGAGCUUUCUGUUCCAUUUGACAAGUCCAAGAGUCAUGUUUCAGCUUUGUCAAAAACCAAAUAUGCCGUAUCAAGAUGGGAACUAUUCAAAACAUGCUUCUCACGAGAAGUUUUGCUGAUUAGCAGGCAUCGUUUUCUUUAUAUUUUUAGGACAUGCCAGGUCGCAUUUGUUGGGUUUGUCACUUGCACAUUGUUCUUGCGGACAAGAUUACAUCCCACUGACGAGAUGAAUGGGAACCUUUACCUCUCCUGCCUGUUUUUUGGGCUGGUGCAUAUGAUGUUUAAUGGCUUCUCCGAACUAUCACUUUUGAUAUUUCGACUACCAGUGUUUUACAAACAACGAGAUAAUCUCUUCCAUCCUGCAUGGGUGUGGUCCGUUGCUAGUUUUAUUCUGCGCCUACCUUACUCCAUCGUUGAAGCUGUUGUAUGGUCUUGUGUUGUAUACUACACAGUUGGUUUUGCUCCCGGGGCUGGGAGGUUCUUCCGUUUUAUGCUCUUACUCUUUUCAAUACACCAAAUGGCACUCGGUCUCUUUCGGACAAUGGGUUCAAUUGCACGAGAUCUGGUUGUUGCCAAUACAUUCGGGUCAGCUGCUCUAUUGGCUAUAUUUUUGUUGGGUGGAUUUAUCAUCCCAAAAGCAAUGAUUAAGCCGUGGUGGAUUUGGGGCUAUUGGUUGUCACCAUUAACCUAUGGACAGCGUGCAAUUUCUGUCAAUGAAUUUGGUGCCGAGAGGUGGAUAAAGAAAUCAUCUUUUGGGAACAAUACAGUUGGAAACAACAUUCUCUAUCAACACAGUUUACCUUCUAGUGAUUAUUGGUAUUGGAUUGGAGUUGGUGUUUUGUUGCUUUAUGCAUUACUUUUCAACAUAAUUGUGACAUGGGCCUUGACCUACCUCAAUCCUCUUACAAAGGCCAGGACAGUGGCUCCAGCUGAUGUAACACAAGAAAAUUCUGAUGGGAAUGAUGCAACGGCUCAGGAGUUUGAAUUGAAUCGAUCAUCAUUGAAUGAAGGCAGUAAAAACAAGGGAAUGAUUCUUCCUUUUCAACCAUUGACAAUGACAUUCCAUAAUGUCAAUUACUUUGUUGAUAUGCCCAAGGAAAUGAGUAAACAAGGUAUAACAGAAAAGAAGCUGCAGCUAUUGUCAUACGUGAGUGGAGUGUUCUCACCAGGUGUCCUGACUGCGUUAGUUGGGUCUAGUGGAGCAGGGAAGACCACUCUGAUGGAUGUAUUAGCUGGAAGGAAAACUGGUGGAUAUAUAGAAGGAGAUAUCAAGAUAUCAGGUUACCCAAAAGAGCAACGCACAUUUGCCAGAAUCUCGGGAUAUGUUGAGCAAAACGAUAUACAUUCUCCUCAACUUACAAUUGAGGAGUCUCUCUUGUUUUCUUCUAGUCUCCGGCUCCCAAAAGAAGUUAGCAAAGAACAAAGAGUGGAGUUUGUUGAAGAAGUGAUGAGGUUAGUAGAGCUUGAUACUCUGAGGCAAGCUUUGGUUGGUUUGCCAGGGAGUAGUGGGUUAUCAACAGAGCAGAGGAAGCGAUUAACAAUCGCAGUGGAGCUUGUUGCAAAUCCUUCCAUUAUUUUUAUGGAUGAACCCACAUCUGGACUUGAUGCACGAGCAGCAGCUAUCGUGAUGCGAACUGUUCGUAAUACAGUUGAUACUGGAAGAACUGUGGUUUGCACCAUCCAUCAACCCAGUAUUGAUAUUUUUGAAGCAUUUGAUGAGCUACUUCUCAUGAAACGAGGUGGUCGGGUUAUAUAUGGGGGGAAACUUGGAGUUCACUCGAAGAUUAUGAUAGACUAUUUUCAGGGAAUUAAAGGAGUCCCUCCAUGUCCUGAUGGUUACAAUCCAGCAACUUGGAUGCUUGAGGUUACUACACCUACUGUUGAAGAGAGAGUUGGUGAAGAUUUUGCUGAAUUAUACAGAAAAUCUAGUCAAUACAGGGAGGUGGAAGCUUCAAUUCUGCAUCUCAGUUCUCCUCCUGCUGGCUCAGAGCCUCUGAAGUUUGAAUCGACAUAUGCUCGAGAUGCACUGUCUCAGUUUUAUAUUUGCCUUUGGAAACAAAAUCUUGUAUACUGGAGAAGUCCACAAUAUAAUGGUGUGAGGUUAUGCUUUACUGUAAUAGCUGCAUUGAUAAUAGGCUCGGUAUUCUGGAAUAUUGGUUCAAAAAGGGACUCUACUCAAGCUUUGUCCGUGGUUAUGGGAGCACUAUAUUCUUCAUGCAUGUUUCUUGGGGUCAAUAAUGCUUCUUCAGUACAACCAGUAGUUUCAAUUGAGAGAACUGUUUUCUAUAGAGAGAAAGCGGCCGGAAUGUACUCUCCAUUAUCCUAUGCAGUAGCCCAGGGCCUUGUAGAGAUACCAUACAUUCUGGUUCAAACAAUUUUAUACGGCAUCAUCACAUAUUUCAUGGUUGAUUUUGAGAGGACGGCAGGAAAAUUCUUUCUAUUUUUGGUGUUCAUGUUCCUCACUUUCACCUACUUUACUUUUUACGGUAUGAUGGCUGUUGGUCUCACACCUUCUCAACACUUGGCUGCCGUCAUCUCUUCUGCAUUUUACUCUCUGUGGAAUCUCCUUUCGGGAUUUCUUGUCCCACAACCGAGUAUUCCGGGAUGGUGGAUCUGGUUCUACUACAUCUGCCCCAUUGCAUGGACUCUGCGGGGUGUAAUCUGUUCUCAGCUAGGUGAUGUGGAAACAAUAAUUGUAGGACCAGGAUUUGAAGGCACUGUGAAAAAGUAUUUGGAGGUUACUUUUGGCUAUGGUCCCAAUAUGAUCGGAGCGUCGAUAGCGGCACUUGUUGGAUUUUGUCUCCUCUUCUUUACUGUCUUUGCCCUCUCCGUAAAAUUCCUCAACUUUCAGAAAAGAUGAGCUUAGGAUUUACUUUCCCGAGAUGAUCGAUGCUUUUGUAGAUUGCACAAGAAUGCAUCAAAAUUAAAACAGAAAACCAUUUAUGGGACUAUUUGAUACGAAGACUCUCUUCAAUGCACCAGACUACCUGACCUGGGAACUUUGUGGUA